GAACCUUUGGAGUUUGAUAUGAUGAUUAGAGAAUAACCAGAGUGACACGUCGCAAAUUCCCCAUAAUCAAGGAGAACUUUUCCGGGUGGUGAUCUCUGAAAUUGCUCAGCCCAAAGAAUUUCACCCAGAAAUUUCUGCCAUAUUUUGUGCUUGAGCGAUAGCACAUUUUUGUACACAUCACAUCUAAUCUUGAUUUAAAGACUUCAAGUGAUGAGUAAUCAACUGUAUCUCUUGCGAGCACCCCUAAUUAACCUGAUUUUUUGCUGAUAAUCACUCACAAUGGAAUCAAAUCAAAAAUCGGGGGACGGAUUGACCGGCACACAGAAAGAAGCUGCUCUCCGUGCUUUAAUUCAGCGCACAGGAUAUAGUUUGAUCCAGGAAAAUGGACAAAGAAAGUAUGGAGGUCCACCACCUGGCUGGGAUGCCCCGCCACCAGAGAGGGGCUGUGAGAUUUUCAUUGGGAAAUUACCCCGAGAUCUUUUUGAAGAUGAACUUAUCCCAUUGUGUGAAAAAAUUGGUAAAAUCUAUGAAAUGAGAAUGAUGAUGGACUUCAAUGGAAACAAUAGGGGAUAUGCCUUUGUAACAUUCUCUAAUAAACAGGAGGCUAAGAAUGCAAUCAAGCAACUUAAUAAUUAUGAAAUUAGGAAUGGACGACUCCUAGGGGUUUGUGCCAGUGUAGACAACUGCCGUUUGUUUGUAGGAGGAAUCCCAAAAAACAAGAAGAGAGAAGAAAUUUUAGCAGAGAUGAGGAAAGUCACAGACGGGGUCAUUGAUGUCAUUGUGUAUCCCAGUGCAGCAGACAAAACAAAAAACCGGGGAUUUGCUUUUGUGGAAUAUGAAAGUCAUCGAGCAGCAGCAAUGGCAAGAAGAAAACUGCUACCAGGAAGAAUACAGUUAUGGGGACAUCCUAUUGCUGUAGACUGGGCAGAACCAGAAGUUGAAGUUGAUGAAGAUACAAUGUCAUCUGUUAAAAUCCUCUAUGUACGAAACCUUAUGCUAUCAACCACCGAAGAGACAAUUGAAAAAGAAUUCAACAAUAUUAAACCAGGUGCAGUUGAAAGAAUAAAGAAAAUCAGAGACUAUGCAUUUGUACACUUUAAUAACAGAGAGGAUGCAGUUGAAGCUAUGAAAGCCUUAAAUGGGAAGGUGCUGGAUGGUUCCCCUAUCGAAGUGACAUUAGCAAAACCAGUAGACAAAGACAGUUACGUUAGACACACCAGAGGCACAGGAGGACGAGGUACUGUGCUACAAGGAGAAUACACUUACACAUUUGGACAUGUGUAUGAUCCCGCCACAGCCUACCUUGGAGCUCCAGUCUUCUAUGCACCUCAGGCCUACGCAGCUAUUCCUAACCUUCAUUUCCCUGCCACCAAGGGUGACCUCAGCAGUAGGGGAAUUAUCCGACCUCCAUCUAUUAGAGAAAUUUACAUGAAUGUACCUGUAGGGGCUGCGGGAGUUAGAGGACUAGGAGGACGUGGAUACUUGGCUUACACUGGCCUGGGUCGUGGAUACCAGGUUAAAGGAGAAAAGAGGGGAGAAGACAAACUCUAUGAUCUUUUGCCUGGAAUGGAGCUUACCCCAAUGAACCAUAUCGCUUUAAAACCACAUGGAAUUAAACUUGCUCCUCAGGUCUUAGAAGAAAUCUGCCAGAAAAAUAACUGGGGACAACCUGUUUAUCAGCUUCAUUCUGCAAUUGGCCAGGACCAAAGACAACUAUUCCUAUAUAAAAUCACUAUUCCUGCCCUUGCCAGCCAGAAUCCUACUAUACAUCCCUUCACACCUCCUAAGCUUAGUGCAUAUGUUGAGGAAGCCAAGACAUAUGCUGCAGAAUAUACUCUUCAGACCUUGGGCAUUCCCACAGAGGGAGCAGAGACUCCUGCUACAGCUCCUGCUUUUCCAGGAUACACCAUUGCUAAUCCAGCUGGUACUGUACCAGCUACACAACUAAAACAAGCAGUGACGCUGGGACAAGAUUUAGCACCUUACGCAACGUAUGAAGCCUACCCUGCCUUUGCAGUGGCUACUCGUAGUGAUGGCUAUGGAACGUUUUGAGAGACUAUUUUGUUUUUUUAAAAUCAAUGUUUUCUUUUAAUCAAGUGCAGCAAGAGGCUAGCUCAGUGUGAUAAUUAUUGUGACCUCAUGAUUUUAAACUAAUCUAUUGGCCAGAAUUAGAUUUAGUGAUAGUUUUAUACGUCUAGAUUCAUGGUUUUACAAUGGAACAUAUGCUAAAACAAAUUUUAAAAAUCAGUUAAAAAUCAAUUUUUCACACUGGAAAAAAAAUUACCUUGGCCCAGGAAAAAGUUCUUAAAGGUUCUCAGGUAUAUAUUACUGUGUGUGUUUACAAACAAUAAUCCAUGCCAAAUACAGCAAUAUUCCCAAUUAUGUAGCGACUUUAGAGCUUGAAAAGCAGUUAGACUUCUCAGAUUAGCUAGCUAUGUUUUCAUACCCAUAUUCGUGGUGCAUAGCAAGACUUAAAAGCAGAAAGGGGGGCAGUUAGGCACCCAAAUCCCACAAUUUGAAAUUGUGUACUCAGAAAGCUGUGACAUUUUUGAGAAGAUAAGCCCAAAGAAGUUUGCUGAAUGUGAGACUUGAUUUCUUUACCACUGUAAAUACGCAAACAUUAUGGAAAACGUAGGGCUCUUUGGUUCCAGACGUAUCACACAGAAAUGUACCUGAGGCACCAGAUCUGGACCCAACUUUCCCAAAAUUCAAGGGUGUUCAUAUAUGAGGUUUUGGUUUGGGCCCAUUUUUAAUUAAUAAAACUUGAGCUAAUACUAAACUAUACUAAAUUACAGAAGUUGCACCUAAUUAACAUCAAUAAUUUGCAAUGCUUGAAAUGAAAUGAAAUUAAACAAUCAGCAAGAAAACACACUGUAGAUUGUUCAUAGGGUGAGGAAGCAAGAACCAGACACAAUACAGUUGUGCAGCUGCAGACAAUAGCAAUCACACAGUGUAACACAAACUUGCUUUUAUAAACACAAAGUACUGCCUUGAAAGGUGCUCUGAUGACAACUGACAUCACUCUAACAGGAUCCUCCUGAGACAAUGCUACAGUUUGCUACAGUUUGCACAUAUAGGAGCGGAAUAAGAAAGCUUAACCUAUGGUCCUGGAUUUCUAGUUUUUCCUUAUUUGGUGAACUGUAAAUGUUACUCUAUGCAUAUGAAAUCAAGAAAAAUAAGUCCUGACCAAAAUCUCUCUUCCUUUAAAAAAUCAUAUAUUUUAUUGCACAAUUUAGAGCAGGGGUAGGCAACCUAUGGCACGUGUGCUGAAGGCGGCAUGCGAGCUGAUUUUGAGUGACACUCACACUGCCCGAGUCCUGGCCACCGGUCCGGGGGGCUCUGCAUUUUAAUUUAAU